AUGACAUUCCCACAGGAACGUCCUCCAGGGCCUUACCCAAUCGAGUUGGCAAGCAAUGUUUCCAAUAUUGAUUCCUUGCUACACUUUCACCAGUGCAGACCCUUGUUUACUAUUGACAAAGGUUCAUACGACACCAUAUGGAACACAGAUUCACCAUACCAAGAGCUCAGUCGUCACCUACCAUCACUAUUUGUGGAGUCUCCGGUGAGGCGGAGCGCUAACGAUAGCCAGCCAGCUUCCAUCUACCCAGGGACACGACUCGACCUCCUGAAUGGCUCAGUACCCUUCAUUCCCUGCCGAGUGAAGCAAUACGAGGCAGGGGAGUUGGAGGCGUGUACCGCCGCCAGGAGAGCCAGAGGUGCCACCACUUGGGUGGCUUUUGUAGGUGACUCCACCAUGAGGCAGAAGAUUCAUUCCUUCCUGAGCUUCCUGCCGCCCCAGCUGACUUACACCUAUCUCAUAGGUGACACAGAGGUCACCGAACCUCUACAACCACAACCUCGUCCUCCACCUCGCAGCCCACACGCUCCCACCCCACACAAUGCAAGUGGAUACCACAGUAGUAACGGAAGCAGCCACACUCCUGCUCAACGCACUGAUGGUGAAUACAACAGUGCGAAUCGUGGCAUGCACAUUGUAAAUAACAGAAACACAGGUCGGAAGAUAUAUGAUGUACACAGCAGUAAUAACGGAACGUUUCUUAAAAACCCUGAAAAAACGAAAAUAAAUUCUGCCGGGAUAAAAAAUAAGGGAAUCAUUGAAUAUUCCAGUAAACCAUUACUCGAGGCGGACACCCGCCUUGAGUCCUAUGACCUGCGAGUUACAUUAGUAUGGGCGCCGACUGGGUCUACGAUGGACCACCCGACUCCAAGAACCGGCCGGAAGGUCACCAAGCUGCACGACUUGGCCACAGCAAUAGUCGUGCCUGACGUCGUAGUUGUAGGUUUAGGAACGUGGGUACUCUUAAUGCGUGAACACCAUGACGAGUUGGUGCCGUUCACGGAGCUCGACCUGCUCGUUCGUCCUGUGAUGCGCCCCCUCGCUCUCCUGGCUGCCAGGACCCCCCUUCUCGUCUGGGCCCAGAGUAGGUACCGCUGGUUCAACUUCGAAAGUCCAAAAGCCUCUGCAGGCAUCCAGAAUCUCAAGGCGCAGUGGGGAAAUAUGUUGUACUUCAGCCAGUUCAACGACACCAUCCCUUUCACCGACUCCUGGCUUUGGAGACAACUAAGGUCCGUCACCUCCACCAUCUACCUGUGAAUGGUGAUGAAUGACCCUCUCUCUCUUGACCCCAGUGAUGUAUUCUCCGGUGUGGGUCGAGAAAUAGAAUUGCGAUAAGUCUCACAUUCAGUUCA